AACAGAGAGACUCUCUAUAAAACCAACGUUUUCAUUUUGUUGGCUCAGCCUCUCUCACUCUAACAAUCUCACCGCCUCUCUCUCUGUAUUUUUCUCCGAUCAUCGUUUGAUAUUUUAGAUCUAUUGUUGAACAAUGUCAGAGACAGAGACGUUUGCCUUUCAAGCUGAGAUCAACCAGCUCUUGAGUUUGAUCAUCAACACUUUUUACUCCAACAAGGAGAUCUUUCUCCGGGAACUUAUCAGUAACGCCUCCGAUGCCUUGGAUAAAAUUAGAUUUGAGAGCUUGACAGACAAGAGCAAGCUCGAUGGACAACCCGAGCUCUUUAUCCGUAUUGUUCCCGACAAGACAAACAAUUCAUUGUCUAUCAUCGACAGUGGUAUUGGCAUGACCAAGGCUGAUUUGGUGAACAAUCUUGGUACCAUUGCAAGGUCUGGAACCAAGGAGUUUAUGGAGGCAUUGACUGCCGGUGCUGAUGUGAGCAUGAUUGGACAGUUUGGUGUUGGUUUCUACUCAGCUUACUUGGUUGCUGAGAAGGUUAUCGUGACCACCAAGCACAAUGAUGAUGAACAGUAUGUUUGGGAGUCCCAGGCUGGUGGGUCAUUCACCGUUACUAGAGAUACUUCUGGUGAGAGUCUUGGAAGGGGUACAAAAAUGACCCUUUUCCUUAAGGAGGAUCAGCUUGAGUAUCUUGAGGAGCGCCGCCUCAAGGAUUUGAUCAAGAAGCAUUCUGAGUUCAUCAGUUACCCAAUUUCCCUCUGGAUUGAGAAGACUACCGAGAAGGAGAUUUCUGAUGAUGAAGAUGAGGAGGAGAAGAAGGAUGAGGAAGGAAAGGUAGAGGAUGUCGACGAGGAGAAAGAAAAGGAAGAGAAGAAAAAGAAGAAGAUCAAGGAGGUGUCUCAUGAGUGGUCUGUUCUUAACAAACAGAAACCCAUCUGGAUGAGGAAGCCAGAGGAGAUCGCAAAGGAAGAGUAUGCUGCUUUCUACAAGAGUCUGACCAAUGAUUGGGAAGAGCAUUUGUCUGUGAAGCAUUUCUCGGUUGAGGGCCAACUUGAGUUCAAGGCCAUUCUCUUUGUUCCUAAGAGGGCUCCUUUCGAUCUCUUUGACACAAGGAAGAAGCCUAACAACAUCAAGCUUUAUGUUCGUCGUGUGUUCAUCAUGGACAACUGUGAGGAGAUCAUUCCAGAGUACCUUGGAUUUGUCAAGGGUAUUGUUGAUUCUGAGGAUCUUCCUCUUAACAUUUCCCGUGAGAUGCUACAACAGAACAAGAUUCUUAAGGUUAUCCGCAAGAACUUGGUGAAGAAGUGUAUUGAGAUGUUCUUUGAGAUUGCUGAGAACAAGGAAGAUUACAACAAGUUUUAUGAAUCUUUCUCCAAGAACCUAAAGCUUGGAAUCCACGAGGAUUCCACCAACAAGACAAAGCUUGCUGAGCUCCUGAGGUACCACUCCACCAAGAGUGGUGAUGAGAUGACCAGUCUCAAGGACUAUGUGACCAGGAUGAAGGAGGGCCAGAGCGACAUCUAUUACAUCACCGGUGAGAGCAAGAAGGCUGUUGAGAACUCUCCAUUCCUUGAGAAGUUGAAGAAGAAGGGAUAUGAAGUCCUUUUCAUGGUUGAUGCUAUUGAUGAGUAUGCAGUUGGUCAACUCAAGGAGUUCGAGGGCAAGAAGCUUGUUUCUGCUACCAAGGAAGGUUUGAAGAUUGAUGAGAGCGAAGACGAGAAAGAAAAGAAGGAGAAGCUCAAGGAGAAAUUUGAGGAGCUCUGCAAGGUUAUCAAGGAUGUCUUGGGAGACAGAGUUGAGAAGGUUGUUGUCUCAGACCGUGUGGUAGAUUCACCUUGCUGUUUGGUGACUGGUGAGUACGGGUGGACUGCCAACAUGGAGAGAAUCAUGAAGGCUCAAGCUUUGAGGGACAGCAGCAUGGCUGGUUACAUGUCAAGUAAGAAGACCAUGGAGAUCAACCCGGAAAACCCCAUCAUGGAGGAGUUGAGGAAGAGAGCUGAUGCCGACAAGAACGACAAGUCAGUGAAGGACCUUGUGUUGCUGCUGUUCGAGACUGCUCUUCUCACAUCUGGAUUCAGCCUUGAUGACCCCAACACCUUCGGCAACAGAAUUCACAGGAUGUUGAAGCUCGGAUUGAGCAUUGAUGAGGAUGCAGGUGAAGGUGAUGGUGAGAUGCCCCCUCUUGAAGAUGCUGAUGUUGAUGCUGAGGGAAGCAAAAUGGAGGAAGUCGACUAAGCCUCUGCUUUUAAUUUAGUUAUCUGAUAAACUUUUACUUGGUGGUUCCUCUUUUAUUUUUUUUUGUCGUUGUUAUGGUACUUUUUAAGUAGUUUAAUUAAUAUAUUUUGUUACUGGCUCUA